GACGGGAAUAGGUUUGAACUUCACUCACGUAUUCAACCCCUCGUUCUUACAUCCAUUCACUCUCACCCUGCACCCUAAUGAAUCUUUUGAUCUCACUCACAACCACUGCUCACGGAUUCGUUCAAGUUUUCACCUACUUUGAACGGGCUUCUUUCGCUUUUGCUUGCUCACUGACCUUGACUCGAUGCCGAUGGAAUCACCUAUUCCUUGCCAAGACCACCGUUGUCGCGAAAUGUUGUGACCUUCAUCUGAGUCCUGCCCGCGAUUUCACCAGGAAAAAGCAUGGAUACCCCAGGAGAUCAGUCUGGCUUCUCUCCUCAUGUCUGGAAUCGACUCAAUGAGAUGGCACAACAGUCUGCACCUCGCGCAAGAGGUGGCCGUCGUCGUGGCCAAGGCCAAGGCCAGACAAGAGCUGCCUGGCGACAUCAAGAUCAAGAAGAGCAACUUCGUCCGGAAAGUCAACAACCCGCCUCCUCAUUCACCGUGAACUAUGAUUCUUUUCCACCACUGGGUUCGCAACCGCCGCCUCGUGGGAGGAGCAAUGCUACUUAUCCGCUGAGAUCCCAACAUCCUCCAGACCCCCAAGCUCAGAACUUCCCCGUUGCACGCCAUGGCACUCCCAGAGAAUAUCAAGAACGUGCAAGAGGUAACUAUCGAGGUUCUCGCGGCUCCGGUGUGCCGCAACGCCAGCCACAGCAUCAUUUCCAUUCAGAACACCAGCCACAGUUCAUGAACCCUGCCGCAUUCCACACUAAUGGCCGACCUCCAACACACCCACACCGUCAGCUGUACAAUCCUAAUGAUACUAUGCACUUUGGCGCAGCACAGCAACAGCGGUCCAUGACGCAUUUGGUCUCGAUGCAAGCGGACUACCUCACCAGCGUUGGGAGAAGGGCGUAUGAGGCACACAAAUUUGGCCAGGAGGAGCGGGAUGUCAAGGAAAAUUUCCGACGCACUUUGGAGAGUAUUGCGAGACGUGCAUUAGGUGCCGAAUAUCCAAACUUGAAGCAAGACAAUGUCAGAUUGAGGUGCUAUGGCAGUCUUGCCAAUGGCUUCGCGCUAGCGGGAUCCGACAUGGAUCUCCUUUUGUCACUACCAAACCUCGAAGGACCCGAAACAGAAGUCAACAUGAAGCCCACGAGCGACGCCAAGAUAGCAUCAGAUGAUCAGGAGGACGAGCAGGCCUUCAAGACUGACACUGGUCGUGUCUUGGAGAAAGCCUUCCUUGACCACGAAUAUGGAGCCAGGCUUAUCACUAAGACGCGUGUCCCAAUCCUUCGCAUUUGUCAGAAUCCAACCCCGGAGCUGCUCAGCAAUCUACGAGAAAACCGCGCCGCGUGGGAAGAGUCCCACCGUGAAAGGGUGGUUGUUGAGUCGGGCCCUCCAACAUCAGAUGAACCUCCUCCGGAACUAGAUUCGGUUGGACAGGCCUUGAACGACCUCAAUCUAGGAGAGACUGCACCUGCGAAAAAAGGCCGUCGUGGUAAUGAGGGUCUAGAGUUCACCGAGGAUUGUGGUAUCCAGUGUGACAUCAACUUCUCCAACUUCGUGGCGCUCCACAACUCGGCCAUGCUUCGAAUCUACCAAGGAUUCGAUCCGCGAGUCAGAGAAAUUGGGGUCUUUGUAAAGAUAUGGGCCAAGACCAGAGACAUCAACACACCAUAUCGCGGCACUCUAUCAAGCUAUGGCUGGAUUCUCAUGGUUCUUCACUAUCUGAUGAACGUUGCAAAGCCACCUGUCAUUCCCAAUCUACAGUAUCUCGCCAAGAUUGAUGAUUCAUGGCAUCCAGAGAGGGCGAUCGAGUUGUUCGAGGGAUUCGAUAUCCGCUUCGUCCAGGAUCCCCAAAGUCUGAAAGAAAUUCGAGAAGACAUGGCUGCAAACCUAAACAAAGAGCCCGUAGGCCAAUUGCUGAGAGGGUUCUUUCAGUACUACGCAACCUACCAAGGCUUUCAUUGGACUCGGGAUGUUAUCUCGAUCAGAACAAAAGGUGGUCUCAUUUCUAAGCAAGCCAAAGGGUGGACUGAGGCCAAAUGGCAACAGACACAGACGAAAUCAGUCCGUCUUCGGUACCUGCUAGCGAUCGAGGAUCCAUUCGAGAUCGAACACAACGUCGCACGCACGGUGGGACACCAUGGCAUAAUCGCGAUACGAGACGAGUUUCGUCGAGCGUGGUCAAUCAUCAACACAGUCGGCACGGAUCAGGCGAUUCCUGUAGAGGAGUUCCUCACCCCUGUCACAGAGCGAGUUGACACAUUAAGAAAAGACUUGGAAGCCCGUAAGGAACGACAAAUGCAGAUGAGACAGGAAUUGGAGGCUAAGGAGAAAGCACUGCUUCGGAAACGGGAUGAGGAGUUUCCAGAUCCACUUACAGAUGGUACGUUGGGAGGUUCUGAUUUGGGGAAUUCCGAGACCCAUGUGCGUGCAGGAAGCAGGCGUUGGCCGUCAAAGUCGAAGCUGACCUCGACAAACCACCCUCAGGACAGGAACCCGCCAUUGAAGCCACAGACUUGGCGACAGAGAAAGGUAUUAGCCGAAAGUGACGACGAAGAAGAUUCAACCAACCAUACUUAUGAAAAUGCAGAAGAGCAGGAAAGUAUUGGUAGUGCCGCUCCAUCAAUCAAGGCCGAGCCAAAGGAUUUAUUCACUUGUGUGUCAGACGUGCUUCUUGCCAAUGGCUACGAUCACGCAGGGAAUCCUGUUGCCUGGGAUAUUGACACCCAGGAUGGACGCUGGCUCCACUGGAGAGACGUGAAAGCGAGGAAGGGCACGUUGAGAUCAUUCUCAAACCCAAUGCUGCGAAAAUUAGAUGAAGAGUGUCCCUAUGACCCUAGACGACCAGAUCCGUACAUCGGCAAACCAUAUCGCAAUCAAAGGGAGAAACUAGGUUACCAGCAAGCACCAUGGCCUUCAGGCAGUCGGAAUGGGGGAAUAAAGAGCAUGGUUGCAUCUGUCCGUCCUCAUUUUGUCGAGGAUAAAGUAACAGCACCGAGGAUGGAGAGCGGUGUUGGGCCGCAAGGCGUGCCAGAGGCUGACGUGAAGGCGGAAGCGGGUGAAUUAUAUGAGGCAGACACCCAUGAAAAGAGCAAGGCCGCAUCUCCGGAAAACGCAGACAACAAAGCAACAUAUCAGGAUCCGGCAGGCCAAGUAGGGGUAAACAUCCUAUGGGACAGAAACACCAUCGGUGGCCGCUGGCUUCGAAGGCGAGAUGCACCCAUACGUGGUGGAACGGCGGAGCACCACCCAGUCUCUCGUUGCGCAGAAAUUGACCUUGCUUUUCCUUACAAACCGGAGAUGACCUGGAAAGAGCGAGAAGCGAUGAACCAGCAAUUACGACAACACUACAAGCACAGUAUUUUCACUUCCAAGCAGCGCAAUCCCAUGUCUCGACGGGUUGCAACAGAGACGCUUAAUACUGAAGUCAACGACCGAGCUCGACCAUCAGGGCCGGCUGAGACAGCAGCGUCUGCCAUGCAGACAAACACUCAGAAGUCCGCUCAGGACAUGGAGGAAGCAGCAAACGAUCUGAGUUCCGCACACAUUGACACAUUACCAAGCAAGCCGCUUCCUCCUGAAAGUCGCCCUUCUCCUGAUAGCAUAUCCGAAAGAGUGCCAUUGACACCUCCGGGUGGUUCUCGAAUUCCAAAUUUGGACUUUCUACGCACCCAGCGACUCGCCUUCUUUUCAAAGCUUCCGAGUUCCCUGAAAAGCGGCGUUGACACGAAUGUUGAGCUCUACACCGGGCCAGCAGUUGCGAGCGAAGCACAUGCAUUGGUCAACGAACAAUUCCGAACACCCAUUCCAGCCAGCCACAUACCUAACGAAGAAGUAUGUGUGGUGGGAGAUUCUCACCGCUUGAAGGCGAAAGCCUUCUCUGGAAAAGCAGACACCCAGUCUCACUAUGCUGACGAGUCAUCAGCGGUUAUGGAGUCGGAAGAGACCCAAGGCACAGAGAAUUCAUCGCUUGAGGUCCCUGCCACAUUGUAUCCCCACCUCGACAGCAGCAGACGACCACGAGAUGAAGAUCCCAACAUUCUUCCUAUCCCCUUACAUCCCGGCUUUUGUUUCGAUCCACGACAAUUGGAAGAUAUUGCUGUCAUUUUAAGAGGCGGCAAUGGAUGUGCUAGGGACGGGGCUCAAUAUCAUAUUGAAGAGGAAUACGAAUGGGGUGGUGGAGGUAUGAUGGGAUGGAAGACGAGCACCGGACCGCAGCUUGCUGGUAUGAGCGGCGGCCACACACCCUACGAGGCUGGCAGCGGAGACGAACAAGGAUUGCUUGCAGAGCUCCCAAGGGACCUGGUUUGAUUUUUAGCCACGAGUACUGAUUGUGAGUCUGAGGCCAGCACGGGCAUCGAGACUCAGCGAGUGCAUCAUUGUCAUCAUCAGGCAGGGAUUCGGACCAGCCAGGGAGGUAGCCAUCGCCAGCUGGAUAGCGAAUGGUGGGAGAAGGCUUCAAGCAUUGCACUAUUGUUAUCUGGCAGAGACCAAAGAUCAAAAGGCGAUAGACUUCAGAGCAAGGAGCAAGAUAUCAUUACGGGCAGCCAGCGAGGAACCUAUGGUCCUCUACUCUUCUCAAACGUCUAUAUAGACUUGGCCAGGAGAGUGGAGGGACAAUCGCCUCUCAGCAGUCGACAUCAUGGCCAUUCGGUAUGAGAGUACUAUUAAUGGAUAGAUUUUGCUUUU